UCACAGACUGACGAAGUUAAUCCGAAAGCGUACCCUUUGGCAGACGCUGCUUUGACUGCAAAAAUCUUAAAUUUGGUACAACAAGCUAUGAACUACAAACAGUUGAGGAAAGGAGCCAACGAAGCGACAAAGACAUUGAAUCGUGGCCUUUCAGAAUUUAUUGUAAUGGCAGCAGAUGCCGAGCCAUUGGAAAUUUUGUUACAUUUACCAUUGCUUUGCGAAGACAAGAAUGUACCAUACGUAUUUGUUAGGAGUAAGCAAGCAUUAGGCCGUGCUUGUGGUGUAUCCAGGCCUGUUGUCGCAUGUUCCGUAACAGUUAACGAAGGAUCACAAUUGAAACCACAAAUUCAAGCCAUACAACAAGAAAUCGAACGUCUAUUAGUUUAAGUAUUAUGUACCUGAUUUAGAAUCAGUCUUUUUAAAUAUAAGUAACCACAGACUAUUGUGUUUCCAGUUUUCAUACAGAUUUUUUUUCAAUGAUUUCA